CAAAUGUCAGGCUGGUGGGAGGGGAUGAGGUGCACACAGGUGCAUAAAUAGCCAUCCACACCUUCCUCCUUCACACUGAAACUUGGAGCACUCUGUCUGUUCCUCAAGAGGAGGAGGAGGGAAGAGAAGCUUUAACCAUGGAGAAGAGCUUACUAUUUGUGCUUCUUCUGCUUGUUGCCAUCUCCUAUUCCUUGGCUAAAGACAGCACUACUAGAGAUGUAAGAAAGGACGCAAAAGAGACCCAUCCUAAACUACCCCAGACUCUCUCUAGAGGCUGGGGUGAUCAACUUAUUUGGACUCAGACUUAUGAAGAAGCUCUCUUUAAAGCUAAGACAAACAACAAACCUAUAAUGAUCAUCCACCACUUAGAAGACUGCCCUCAUAGUCAAGCACUGAAGAAGGUAUUUGCUGAACACAAGGAACUACAGAAAUUGGCUGAAAAGUUCAUUCUCCUCAAUCUUGUUUAUGAAACCACAGACAAACAUCUCUCGCCUGAUGGUCAGUACGUUCCCAGAGUCCUGUUUGUAGAUCCUUCACUGACAGUUAGGGCAGAUAUUACUGGAAGAUAUUCCAAUCGCCUCUACGCUUAUGAGCCUUCAGAUAUUGCAUUAUUGUACUCAAAUAUGCAGAAAGCCCUGAAACUGCUCAAGACUGAACUGUGAAGAAAGAAAAUGAACCAAUUAUCAGGUCUUCAACUUGUAACACAUUCUAAAAGAGAUGUCACCGAAGAGAAUAUAUAUUGGGAUGGAUCUUAGAUAUGCAUAUCGAAAUGUAUGCACAACUUACAACUGGAGAACUAUUUUUAUAAAUACUAUUUGUACUGUGUGGCAUUUUAAGUAUUGAUUCUUUUAUAAAAUAUGCAUUAAAAACUGCUUUUUUCUGUAAAUCAGGAUUAAAAAAAAAAAUCUUUA